GUGACUACAUUACCCAAAUAUACUUUUCAACCUUCAGAAAGACGACCUGCUACAUAAAACAAUCAUUUUCUGUUCUAUAUACAAGCAACUAAUAACUUCUUAAAUUUAUCCUUUUGGAAGUCGACACUUGAAGCAAUAUUUAAGUGUGUUUUAGAUCAAAUACCUGUGUCGACCUAGGAUUAUUAGGUCGUGUAACCGAGGGCAAGAGGGUUUUUACAAGUGUUAUCUUGCUAACUAACUAGCUAGUCUACCUUCAAAUCUUUUGCAAUGACACAUCAUACAGAUAACCCGGGCCGUUUUCGUUGGAAGAGGCUCACUAAGAACAAGGCAGUGACUUCUAAGAGAGUAGAGACGACUUCGGAGCUGGCCCUGUCAUGGCUGAGGACGGCGUCAAAAAGAAUAAAUAGCCAAGCAGUUGCACUUCAGAGCACGGAACAGCUGCAUGACCACGAUGAGGCCUACAGCGAAGCACAAGACCUGUUGAAUAAUUGGAUGAGCAGGAAGUUGCAUCUGGAGCUGGAGGAGGGAGAGGACAUUGUUCUCACCAGCGAAACCGACGGGUUAUUGGCCCCACCCUCUCCCUUCCUGCAGCACAGUAACUUUAAUGACCUGUACUCCUACCUGGACCAGGAGGCGGACGACUGUGCUGUGCACAACAUCCUGCAGGAGCUGAUGGAACUAGAGGUGGUGGAUUCUGGGAUGGCUGACGACCUUACGUCGGACACGGAGGGGAAAAAGGCCAGACAGACUAAUGCCCUGGUUUCCAUGGAGAUCAGGCACCAGCUGGUUCGAGAAAGCCGAGCGCAGCGCGAUGCCGAACGCCUGAGGCGGCACGAGGAGAGGAAGCUUCUCAAGGAGGUGAAGGAGAAGGCUCAGUGGCGGGAGCAGCAGGAGAAGUGCAGGAGGUGGCAGAAGGAGCGACAGCAGGAGGAGCUGCUACAGCAGGAGGUGGUGCGACUGCGCAGGAAGAUGGAGGAGCAGAGGAGCCUGGAACAGAACACCCGACUGAUGGAGAGGGAGAGGCGGGACAGGGAGACACAGAUCCUGGCUUCCCCACCGCCUGACCUUGGCCCCGCUGACCCCAAAACGCUGCAGGCACAAGAGCAGAGGAAACGGGAGCAGCUGCGCCGCCUGCAGGUGGUGCAGUCCAGAGUUCACAUGCUGAACCUGCGGUGUCUGCAGAACCACUUCUCAAAGUGGUAUUGUGCCGUGCUGGAGAGAAGAGUGCGGAUGGGCAACGCGGCAGCGCUGUGUGAUUGGAGGAGACAGCUGAGAGUGUGGCGGGAGUGGCGAUCAUUGGUCUGGGCCAGUCGGGAGGAGCGUGAGGCAAUGAGUACGGAGGCGGAGCUACGCUCGCAAACCAGGCGCCACCAGGUGGCACUGGAAAGCGAUCGGCGAAGGGUGCUGAGGCGGCACCUGACUGCCUGGCGAAUCUUGGUCCAGGCAGAGCGGAUCCGGCAGGACCUCCUCAACCAACAGGCGAAGACACAGCACAAGAUGGCUGCCCUCAUCAGUGCUGCGACAUCAGGGAAACUGGGGUCAAGCAAUACCCUGCCCUCAGCACCCUGCCCCCGCCUACCUGCAGCUACUGUCCCACCUGAGACCACUCCUGCGCAGGCCCAGUCUGGCCAGCAGGGAGCAGAGAUCUCCGUCUCUGCCCAGCUCCCACCCCCGGCUGUGCCCGAUGUGGCCCUGCCCAUGCCCCAAGCCCCGCCCAUGCAGGGCAGGCAGGGGAUGAGGCGUCAGAUGGCCAUCAACAUACAGAAGACGGAGCAGAGGGCGAAUGGUGCCGCACAGAGGUUUGGCAGGAAGGAGGAGUGCUGCAAAGAACAGCAGCGUAUCGUCAUAGAGCAGGACCAGCAUCUGGGGGAGCAGCGGCAGCAUCGGGGAGAACAGCACCAGCAUCGGGGAGAGCAGCGGCAGCAUCGGGGGGAGGAGCACCAGCAUCGGGGGGAGCAGCACCAGCAUCAGGGGAAGCAGCACCAGCAUCAGGGGGAGCAGCACCAGCAUCAGGGGGAUCAGCGGCAGCAUCGGGGGGAACAGCACCAGCAGAUCAGCCCUCUGCCAGAGGACCAGAGCAUGCUGAAACACCAGCGGAAGGAGCAGAGGAUGGUGGGAGAGGAGAGGCCGGCUCAAAUAGCUCCACCCUCAUGCUCUGGCACAGAGGGACUGACACUACCCAAGGGACCAAGGCGUGUCCAGCAGGUGGCCCCAGCGGAGCAUUCAGUGCCCCAAAGUUCCCUGCGGCCCCGUCCUUGUCCCGUAGUGACAGCAAUGGAGGAACGUGCCAGGCAGCGGGCUGAGCGCAAGAGAGAGGUGGAGGAGAUGAAGAGGAGGAAGGAGGAGGAGAAACAGGCCCUGAUACGGAUGGAAGAAGAACGGAUGCAGCAAGAGCUGAACGAGGAGAAAAAGAGGGAAGCAGACAGGAGAAGAGAGAAGAAGCGACUGGAGAGAGAGAAAGAGCUAGAGAGACAGCAGCAGGCAGAGCGGGAGAAGCAGAUGUCGUGUAAAGCGGUGGAACACCAUCACAGAGCCCUGCUCCUGCGCCACGGGCUGCUUCCUCUGAAACAGCUACUGGAGAAGAGCCGCUCCAACACCCAGCGGGCCGAGGCCUACGACAGAGCCUCCCUCCAGAGGCGAUGCCUCCUCGCCUGGGUGAGGGCCGCAGGCAAGUCCGUGGCUAAGAAGAACGCACGCGCCGCCCGGACGUACCAACGCAUUCUCCUGAGGAGGAGUCUGCGCUCAUGGCUGAAGAUGAAAGAGCGCUUGGUGGUGCAGACGAUGAGGGCAGAGCGGUUCUGCCGGACUCGAACCCUGCGCAGGACCUUGAUGGCGCUGCGGGAUCAUGUGGCCCGUGAGCGACUUGCAGCACUGGAGAAAGGAAGGCAGGCCAAAGAACACUGGCUCAGAUGCUUGAUGCAGAGGUGUUUCUGGGCGUGGCGGGGGCUGCCCCACUUGCUGCGGGAAGAGCGGGGGAGAGAGGAGCGCAGGGAGCAGCUCCGGCGCAGAGUCGCAGAGAUCCUGCCCGACUUCAACUGCUCACCCAGAGCGGGGGCCUGGGGAUCGCCCCCCCCCCUGAGCAACAGGGCGGGACGCUGAGAGGGUUCGUGCUGCGUGAGAACCAACCUGGGAUCGUGGCUGACUUUGAGUGACAGGAUGGGCUCGCUAACAGAACUGGAGUGAUUAAAAAAGCUCUUCAGCUGCUUAUUUAGGUCUCGUUUUCAUGGUCAAAUACAAACUCUCAAAGCCCACUGAUUUCACACUGGCACACGUUCUCGAUUUUAUUGACUGAUUUUCCUAAUCAGUUCUUUACAUGGAAACUGAAGUAUGUGAUUCUGUCAGCAUGAUGCUUUUU